UGUAACUAGAUCGUUGAGUGAUUAAUCCGUCACUCAUCGUCUUAAUGCCAUCAAUUUCCCAGCGUCGUUCAUUUAGAUUCGUGACUUAAAGUCAUAUCAGUAACACAUUUGGUCACUUUGUUAAUAAGUGGUGUGAGUGCUCGAUUUAAUUCCGGAGAUAAAUUGUGCGGUGCAGCAUGUGGGUACUCAUGUGAAGUUCAGUUUAUCUGCUCCAAGAAAUAUAUCAUCUGGAGUUGGUUACAAAUGAGCUGUGAGGUUUCAGAUUAUACCGGUGACAUAAACAACGUUAUCUUCACAUCGUCAACUUCAUCGCCAGGACAUGUUCUGAACAAAAGUGUAAUUAUGGAUACACUUCUUGAUGUACUAUCUACUUCGCUGAAAAAUAUUUCUCUGCCAUUGCUGUUUGUGUUUCUCGUUCUGAUUGGUAAUGGUGAAAAUACUAAUGAAGUCGUUCGAAGCCAAGACGGUUACUCUCUUGAUUCAUUCCAUGAUAUGGCAUUUGGAAAUGACAUAGAAACUCUCGAGUGUCCAUCAAAUAACGUCAUAACAUCGAAAUACAAAUGUAAUGUGAAUGGUAAAUGGAUAGAUUGUAACAGAAACCACUGUUGUAAGGACUACACAUUUGUAGGAGGACAGUAA